UCAGGACCAAAUCGACGCAGAACUUCUCUUUUCCACCAAUUACUCAGAUUCCACAAACUCCCUCGUGUACGGGUUUCGAGUCAUUUCUAGGAAGCUCAAAGGCGGAGACAUAAAGACGAAAUACAUGGACUUCAAUGGACAACUCCAAACAGAGUUUUACAGGAGACUCCUACGAAUAUAUGGCGUUCAUCCACCGCAAUUAAUUAAACUGAGUCCAGCGGUUAUAAGAGAGCGAAUACCAUCUUCCUUCGAAAACAAACUUGCUCUUUGCCCUGAAGACGCAAUUCAGUGCGAUGCCUCGGAACGCUUUAGGUCAAUUGACGGAUCCUGCAACAAUUUGCGCAAUUCACUCUGGGGGAAAUCGUUCACACCACUUCUCCGUCUGUUGCCAGCCCAAUACCAAGAUGGAAUCAGUUCUUUGAAGGGAUCCAAAAACGGAGGUUCACUACCAAACCCCCGUCUUGUCAGCAGAAUUCUUCAUGAGGACAUUUCCAAUCCAAUGAACUAUAUUACAGUAGCCGCCACUUUUUUCGGACAAUUUCUGGACCACGACUUAAGCAAAGCCCCAGUGACUAAAAUCCUCAAAAGGGACAAAUCUGGCAAAAAAGAUGUCAUUGACGUGCGAUGCGGCCAUGACAACUGUACGUUUGGCCCCGGUCCCUUGAGUUCGUGCCACCCUGUACCUAUACCGCACGGCGACGUGCACGGUAUCGAUAAAGAAUGCUUUGAGUUCGUCCGCAGUUCUUCAGCUCCUCGUCAGGGAUGCGUAUUCGGUCCUCGUGAGCAAAAAAAUGCCAUCACAGCAUACCUUGAUCUCUCCCAGGCGUAUGGUAGCACCAAAGAGGAGGCGGAAAAACUAAGGGCUAAGGACAGGAGUACUGGGAAAUUGGAAAUGAGGCCCCAUCCGUUUGUGCCGUCCCUUAAGCCGCUCCUGCCAGUCAGGAAUGACGAGACGUGCCGAGAAGAAGCAGGAAGUGUUAGAUGCUUCCUGGCAGGUGACGAUCGUGUGAACGAAAACGUCAUCCUGUCAUGUUAUCACCAUAUGCUUGUUCGUGAACACAACCGGAUAGUGGAUGGACUGCACAGUAUUAACCCUCACUGGGAUGGUGAGCGAUUGUUCCAAGAGGCUCGCAGGAUCAACAUCGCCCAGUGGCAGAACUGCGUAUAUCAGGAUUUCCUGCCGGCCAUUGUCGGGCCAAAAUUGAUGCAAUUAUAUCAAUUGAAUAUUUUGAAGGACGGGUUUUUCAAAGGCUAUGACGACAGCGUGGACGCAAGUAUCAGCAAUGUUUUCACUACCUCAGUUUUUCGCUUUGGACACAGCACUAUUCCCACAAAGCUGAAAAGAACGGAUAUAAAUCACAACGUUAUAGAAACUUUUGAUACGUCUACCAUCUUUACCCGUCCAGGGAUGGUGUAUGAUUGGAAAAAUGGAGGUGUUGACUCUGUGGUGUCCGGUACCUUGGACACUGAGAUGGAGACAAUAGACCGUAUGGUCACCGAAGAGGUCACUCUACACUUGUUCAGUGAAAACCCGAGGAGGAAGCAGCUUGGGAUGGACCUUGUCGUACUGAAUCUACAGAGAGGAAGAGAUCACGGUUUACCAGGAUACAAUGCCUGGCGCGAAUAUUGUGGUGGAAAUAGAGCAAAGACUUUCAAUGACUUCUUGUUCGGACCCCGAGAAUUCCGACUGAAACCUUCCACGGUCCUCAAACUAAUUAAGCUGUACAGUCACCCAGAUGAUGUUGAUUCAUUUACCGGCGGUUUGCUAGAAGAGCCUCUUCCUGCGGCUGGUGUUGGUCCCACCUUUGGCUGUAUAAUUGCCGAACAAUUUCAACGUCUUCGUGUUGGCGACCGUUUCUGGUUUGAAAAUAAGGAAAAUGGAUUGACCCUUGAACAGAUAAACUCUGUGAGAAGGUCUUCCUAUGCAAGAAUGAUAUGCGACAGCUUAGACAGUAUGCUUACGAUCCAACCUAAAACGAUGUUGCGAGCUUUAGAAGAUGUCAUUAGAUCACCAAACUUCAAUGUCCAACAUGGGUACUACCUCCUUCAGUUGUACGGAAAUAUAGACAACAAGAGAGUCCCCUGCAGCCAGAUCCCAGGCCUUGAUCUGAAUCUUUGGAGGGAAGAACCCCCCAGAAGAUACCACGCCAUUAGACCUGUCUCCAACAACCUGCAGAGCCGCUUGCUUCAUUAUUAUGCCCGCCGCCGAGGAGGUUACAAUUAUAGGAACGCGGUUUAUUAGAGGGUGCUUACUGUCACGUAAAAUAAAUUCUAAUUGAGUUUUGUCCAGACAUUGAAAUAUCCACAUUAUUAUGUCAUAAACUGUGAAAACACAUUAAUGAUGGAAACAAAUCAAUACAGUAUCGACCAAAUUAGAAACUAUGUAUUUGAAUUGACAGAAAGGGCAGAAAGAAAUUGACUACAUCGCAAAUAAGUCUGUUAACGAGUUAAUUAAACUGUGGCUAUGUCUCACUAUAGAAAUAUUUUUCGGCUAAUAGGCUAACAGUGCCAAUCGCAUUCGUAAACAAAUAAAAACGGUGUUCG